AUGUGUUGUGCAGGAUUUCUCAAAAUGAUGAUGUUCAUCUUCAACGGCACCAUCUUUUUAGCAGGUGCUGCCAUUCUGGGAGUUGGCAUUUGGGUGAAGGUGGACAGCAACUCCUUUAUGGGAAUUCUGGACAGUGUGGAGGACCUUCCUUCGGAGGUGUCACAGGUGGCCAGCGUGUCCUACCUGCUCAUUGCCGUUGGUGCUGUUCUGCUGGUCAUUGGCUUCCUGGGCUGCUGUGGCGCCGUCAGGGAGAGCAGGUGCAUGCUGCUGACGUUCUUCAGUAUCGUGUUGAUCAUAUUCCUUGUCGAGGUCGCCGGUGCUGUGGUGUUGCUCGUUUUUAAGGAUUUGGCGGAGCAGGUCUUUGACAGUCUUGAGGACGAAGUCAAGAAAGGCCUCGGUAGCAAGUUCGGAAGUGAUGAGAGCCUGACAACGCUGUGGAACACCACUAUGAUAGGGUUGCAGUGCUGUGGAUACAAAAACUACACCGAUUUUGAUGGCUCCCCCUUUCAAGAAAACCAUGGGGGCUUCUUUUAUCCACCCCAGUGCUGCAAUGGGACGUCCGUCAGCGACAUAUGCAGCCUGCCGUCAGCGGAACUUGCCUCUCACCUCCAGUUGGUGGACGGCUGCUUCCAGAAGCUGCUGCAGCUCAUUGAGGAAAAUGCUGUGAUAAUUGCAGGUGUAGCUCUCGGAAUUGCUGCUCUUGAGAUUGCUGCCAUGGUGGUUUCGAUGAUUCUCUACAAGCAGAUUGGCAACAAAGCAUGA